UUGCAACGUCGUCUUUGCACGCAGCAGCUGCAGCUUCGAUGGAUGGACCGUUCCUGCCACCUUCGGUUGUUCCGCUAUGUUUCUGAUUCGCAGCUUAGCUGAACUCCCACAUCCGGCCGGUCUUCGCUCUCAGCCUCUCUCAUGGGCUCCCCAGUAUCAUUUGUUUUAUCCAGGAUGGCUGCUUGUGGAGGCACCACUAAAAAUAGGCUCACGGUAAAUAAGCACGUCUGGGACUUCCUGACCAAGGAAAGUCCUGCCAAACUAGUCAAGUUGAAGGAGGAGAAUAAAGUCAGCGUCUUGAUUGAUGGUGAGACUUCCGAGAUCUACGUGCUGCAGAUUACCAUGCCUGCCCAUGGACCAAGCAAUGGCCUCUACCUGGCCCGUAAGGCUCUCAAGGCACUGCUCAAGGAAACAGAGAAGGAAUUGAAGAAGGCUCAGCGCCAGAGUGAGCUAAUGGGCUGCAUGGCCUUGAUGGAGAAGAGCCAGGAACAUGGGGCUGUGGAGCUCCAUCGUCGAGGGACUGCCUUGAUAUCCCGAGGACAGCAGACCUCCGGGCCAAGAGUAGUCAGUGGCAGUGGAGGGAUGGCCAGCUGCUCAAGGGGAGGGGAGGAAGAACAGGACAGCCAAUGCCCCAUCUGUUUGGGGGAGAUCCAGAACAUUAAGACUUUGGAGAAAUGCAAGCACUCCUUCUGUGAGGACUGCAUCACCCGGGCCUUGCAAGUCAAGAAAGCCUGCCCAAUGUGUGGCCGCUUCUAUGGGCAGCUGGUAGGGAACCAGCCGGAGAAUGGACGCAUGCUGGUCUCCAAGGACUCGAGUCUCCUGCUUCCUGGUUAUGAGAAGUAUGGCACCAUCAUAAUCCAGUAUGUCUUCCCACCUGGCAUACAAGGAGUGGAGCAUCCCAAUCCUGGUGUCCGCUACCCAGGCACCACCCGUGUGGCUUACCUACCUGACUGCCCUGAGGGCAACAAAGUGCUGGCGCUCUUCCGCAAGGCCUUUGAUCAACGGCUCACCUUCACUAUCGGUACCUCAAUGACCACAGGGCGAGCCAACGUCAUCACCUGGAAUGACAUCCAUCACAAAACCAACUGCACCGGGGGACCCCAACUGUUUGGCUAUCCAGAUCCUACAUAUCUUGCUCGGGUGCAAGAGGAGCUACGGGCCAAGGGUAUCACCAAUGACUGAUCUGGUUCUCUGUCGCCACGUGCCCAGGAAUGGUUUCUUGUUACUGCCGAACUCCGCUACUCUGGAGGGAGCUCCAUCAUCUGUCGGAGCCAACUAUCUCCAUUACGUGAUCUUAAUCCAGAGUACAAAGCUUAAGCUUUUGGGCUGAAAUUGACAUUUCAUAUGUAAUUGGUUGCUUGAGGAACUGGGGAACAAAGACAUGAGAUAUAAGCGAGUGAGUGUAACAGAGAGAUGAUGGAAUUUAGGACUCAUUCAAAAUGGUUGUAUUAAGAGGAUCAUCAUUCUAAAUUAUUCACUUUUGAAAACAAAAACAAAAAUAGCCUCUCCCUGCAUUGAAUAGCAAACAUAUCACAGAUACCUCUACUGAGCCUGUCUUUUCAAUGUGCUAGUUUACUUCGUGCAGAGGAGAAUUUUUUCUCUUUUACCUGAGUGAUAAAUAUAUACAUGUACCACCAGGAUUUAAAAUCUGAAGCUACAAAAUCAGAUUUCAACCACCUCACCUAAUAUUACAAUAUCUUGGCUCUUGGGGUUAAAAAUAGAUGUGAUCAAGUGGUAGUUCCAUGGGGUGAUUUCAUUUUUUUUCUUUUUUAAUAUGAAACAGGAUGUGCUGAUUAGGGGAGCCAAGCCUUUCUUCCUCCCCAAUUUACCUCCCCACAUUCUACUCUUUCAGACGGUUUUCUCUCAACCAAAGUUACUUCUGCUAGAGCUAAGCUGUGGAUUGUGAGGGCAUUUGGAAUUCCUCACUCCAGUACUCCUUUGGUAUUAAAAUUUAGCUGUCUCUAUGAGCGCUUCUAUGAUGUUUGUCCUUAAUAGACUAGGUCUGAGUGAGUGACAGACUGCCCAUGUGCUGAAAAGCCAAGCAUGUAGAAAAGAUGAGUGGGAAAUAGAGAAAGGGAUUCUCCUGAUAUAUCUCUGGCAGAGGUCAGAUCUAGGCUCAAAACUCCAGCUGUGAGACCCUUUUGCUUCUGUUGGACCCCAUUGGUGCUCUUGUUUCAUGCUUUAAGCAGGA